UGCCGGCUCUGUGCGGGCGGGCGAGCGGCGGCGGCGCUGCGGUUGCGCCAUCUGUCAGGAGCCCCAGUGGGAGGGGAGCGCCCGAGCCGCGCUCGCUCGGGCGGAGCGGAGGCGAGGUAGCAGCAACAACGCGGAGAGCCGCCGCAAGCUCAUCCCUGCCCGGGCUGCAGCUCUACCGUCUCCUCUACGCUGUGCCGGGGCUCGGCGCAGCGCGUCUGCCCGCGGGGAGAGGCAGCGGAAGACCUUCGCUGCGGGCGGCCGGGCGGGUGCAGCCGGUGGAAGAGCGGAGCGACGAGGAUGUGAGUGCGGCGGCGCCGCCCCGGCCCCGCGCUGCGCUGAGCCGAGUCGAGCCGAGCUGCUCCAGUUACAUUCUUGGAAGUGAGCGAGUUGUUUUGGCUGCAGCUCCUCGGAAAACUCAGCCUGAACUCGGUGCAUACAACUUCAGCACAAAAGGUCUACAGAGUCACAAAGGUUUCCUAAGCAAUGAAGGGCUUCGUGUUGAGAAGCUACAGGGCAUGUUCUCAAGCCAUAUUUGAGGAAAUGUGGUGAAUGUAAACUUGCUCUGUCUGGGGGGGAAUUUCUGCUGAGGCUCACGUUAGCCCUUUUGGCCACAGCCUUGUGUGGGGAAUUCAUGUCGAGCUGACUGUCUCCCAGGAUCCCUGGUCUCAUAUUCAGUCUCUACUUUGGAGGAUAGAGUCCUCUCUCUCCCUCUCAUCCUGAUUUUAGAUAAUGGGCUGUGUGCAAUGUAAGGACAAAGAAGCAACCAAACUGACUGACGAGAGGGAUGGCAGUUUAACUCAGAGCUCCGGCUACCGCUAUGGGACAGAUCCCACUCCGCAGCACUAUCCUAGCUUUGGUGUGACUUCAAUCCCAAACUACAACAACUUCCAUGCCACAGGAGGCCAAGGACUGACUGUGUUUGGUGGAGUCAAUUCCUCCUCUCAUACAGGGACGCUGCGUACAAGAGGAGGUACAGGUGUAACUCUUUUUGUGGCACUUUAUGACUAUGAAGCAAGGACAGAAGAUGAUUUGAGUUUUCACAAAGGAGAAAAGUUUCAGAUACUUAACAGCUCGGAAGGAGACUGGUGGGAGGCCCGGUCCUUGACAACAGGAGAAACCGGUUACAUUCCCAGCAAUUAUGUGGCUCCAGUCGAUUCCAUCCAAGCAGAAGAGUGGUACUUUGGCAAACUUGGCCGAAAAGAUGCUGAGAGGCAGCUGCUGUCGUUUGGAAAUCCCAGAGGUACCUUCCUGAUCCGAGAAAGUGAAACUACCAAAGGUGCCUAUUCCCUGUCUAUCCGAGACUGGGAUGAUAUGAAAGGAGAUCAUGUCAAACAUUAUAAGAUUCGUAAACUUGACAAUGGUGGAUAUUAUAUCACAACUCGGGCACAGUUUGAAACUCUUCAGCAGCUGGUUCAGCAUUAUUCAGAGAGAGCUGCAGGUCUUUGCUGCCGCUUAGUAGUCCCCUGUCAUAAAGGAAUGCCAAGGCUUACUGAUCUGUCUGUCAAAACCAAAGAUGUCUGGGAAAUUCCACGAGAAUCCCUACAGUUGAUCAAGAGACUGGGAAAUGGGCAGUUUGGGGAAGUAUGGAUGGGUACAUGGAAUGGAAAUACUAAAGUGGCUAUCAAGACCCUGAAGCCUGGCACUAUGUCUCCAGAAUCCUUCUUAGAAGAAGCCCAAAUCAUGAAGAAGCUAAAACAUGACAAACUGGUCCAACUUUAUGCUGUGGUAUCUGAAGAACCUAUCUACAUUGUCACAGAGUACAUGAGCAAAGGGAGCUUGCUGGAUUUCUUAAAAGACGGAGAAGGAAGAGCUUUGAAGUUACCCAAUUUGGUGGACAUGGCAGCCCAGGUGGCUGCAGGGAUGGCAUACAUCGAGCGGAUGAACUACAUACACAGGGAUCUGCGCUCUGCAAACAUUCUGGUGGGGAACGGCCUAAUAUGCAAGAUUGCUGACUUUGGGUUGGCAAGACUGAUUGAAGACAAUGAAUAUACAGCCAGACAAGGUGCAAAGUUCCCCAUCAAAUGGACUGCACCAGAAGCAGCAUUGUACGGGAGGUUCACAAUCAAGUCGGAUGUGUGGUCUUUUGGGAUCUUACUGACAGAGCUGGUAACAAAAGGGAGAGUGCCAUACCCAGGCAUGAACAACCGCGAAGUCUUGGAGCAAGUAGAACGUGGCUAUCGGAUGCCAUGUCCUCAGGACUGUCCCAUCUCCUUGCAUGAGCUGAUGAUCCACUGCUGGAAAAAAGACCCAGAGGAGCGUCCAACUUUUGAAUAUUUGCAGGGUUUCCUUGAAGACUACUUCACUGCAACAGAACCCCAGUACCAGCCCGGAGACAACCUGUAAAUCCCUGCUCUCCAGACACUUACCGUCAAUUUCCAGGGGUUUCUCAGCCCUGCCCCACCUGCCCUUCAGCUUCUCCAGAGUGCAACAUCUUCCUCCAGCACCGCCAUGCACAGGAGGGGGCUGAAGCUGGGAACUUCUGCAGCCCUUACUUAUGACCACUUGUCCUAAUAAAUCUGAAUGUCCUGGAUGAAAAGGAGAAAAAAACCCUUGGGGGUUUGGUUUAGGUUUUUUUUUUCUCAAUCAAAGACUCCAAACCUGCAUUGUAUCGAUGUUCCCUAAAUGCAAAAACCUCUGUUCAUUGUAAAUAGUAACUCAGUGCCAAUAACUGACCCCAGUGCUUUCCUUUUUUUAAAAAUGCAGCACCUCUGUGAUUUUAACUUGUCUCCUCCUGAUUCAACUAAAAAAAAAGAAGUAUUAUUUUCCAGAAGUGGCCUCUUUGUCUAAAACAUUUUUUUUUUCAUGUUUUAACAAAUAAAAUAAAAUAAAUUAAAAAAAAAAAAAAGAAACAAACAGGACAGGUGUUUGGUUUUUUGCUUUUUUUAUAUAUAAAAUAUAUAUAAUAUAUAUACAUACCUGUACAUACAGUAUAUGGGUGCUAUUGCAGGGGAAAGUCCUUUGGAAUUGAAUGAAUCCUGCUGCAGCAGUACCCAGAAAGCGAUAAUUUUACUGCAGACAUGGAAGCACUGGUGGGAUUCUGCAAGCCAGUGAUCUAAUUUUUGGCUUUUGCCAAGCAUGAUUUUUUUUUUGUUUGUUUUGUUUUGGUUUUGGUUUUUUUUAAUUGGAUUGCACUUUUUUUGUUUGGUUUGGUUUAUGAUUCUGUACCUGUAGAUGGUUGUAACUUUGCUCUUUCAGGAACCAUGUGCUGUAUUUACAGUAAUGUUUCCGAUGUUUGACAAGUGUGUGAUGAUUUGUUCUUGGAGCAUAUUUAAAGCAAGAAAAAACAACAACAACAACAACAACAAAACUUACACCAUCACCAUUUGAACUGGAAAAUUCGAACUGCAAGGACUUGUAUCAAAACCUGUAUACUGAAAUGUUUCAACGACGACAACAACAAAAGAUUUAUUAAACAGUGUAACCACAUUCAGAUGGUCUUAAAACUCACAGCAUUUUAGCCAUGUCCACCUGCCAGACUGUUGGUCAUGCAACUGGGAUUUUAUUUUGUCUGUUUUCUGUGUAACAUUUUUCCAUUGUAAAAAUAAGUGUGUUAAAUGUCCUGUACUGCUAAUGAAAUUACUUUAUGUCUGCAAGUUCUCCAGUGGAAUUACUAUGCACUUCUUUACAUUUCAUGGGGGAUGCACAGAACAAAGUAUUAUCUUUUGAGUUGUCUGUACCAGCCUUGAAUUACUUACGUUUAACCAAAAAAAAAAAAAAACCUAGGAAAAAAAAGACAAAAAAAAUUGUUCCUUUCUAUUGAGUUUUUAAUACUGAAUUGCAGAUUUUAAAGUCUUAAUUACGUUUUGUUAUGGUUUAUUUGCAAGUUUGCGUUUUAAAACUGUUUAACUUUUUUAAUUUAGUAAUUAAAACAAAGGAAAAAAAAGAAAAAAGGAAAGAGCAUUUUACAUUUGGAUAGUUGUUCUUUUGUUUCAACUGUGAAGAUAAUGGUGGAGAUGAGAUUAAAAGUUAGCAAGAAGGUGUGUGAACAUCCGUUUGGGAUGUUGUAUUUCAUAGGAGUAUGCAGACCAGUUGCCUAUGGGACAUCAUUUUCCAAAUUAUGAAGUCAGUAUGUUUUGGAACAGCUGGAGUUCAACUGAAAGGAAGGUUGGAUGCAGAGCUGGCCUUUCAUUUCUCCAUUCUACCAGCAGCCUGUUCUUUUCUAGUUCUGUUGCAUUUAACGUGAAUACUUUUACAAGUGUUCCAGGAAAAGAUUUUCUACGCCUUGUAUUGCUGUUACUGCUUUAAAAUACUGUGGCCAAGUAAGACUUCCUGAGACCUGAAAGCAUAUUUUUUGUCUUUGUUUGGGUUUUUUUAAUUAUUUAAUAGUCAGAUUGUGAAUCCACAUUCCAAACAUUCACACCUUUUCUAAGGAGAACCUUCCCCCCCCCCCUCCGUUGGUGAAAACUAACCCAAUAAUGAAUUGAGAUUCAGAGAACAAAGUGUCAUCAGUGUUUGAAUAUUUUCUAUAGAAAACAUUGACUGAAAAUCCUCUUGGAAAGGAGGCCUCCACACUCAGCCUUCCUUCAAGUGUGAAUUUAUAUGGCAAUGUUGCUUGUUACCAGACUUCCAUGAUACAUUGGUUAAUGUUUUACAUGUAGAGUCUCGAAGUAAUGUUAUGUACAUGAUAUAUUCAAUGUUGCUGUACCUGUAGCUGUGGAGUACUAAAGAGACCAUGAUUCUUGUUGGACUUUUAGUUUCCUCUUAGUACUUACAAAGCAAGUUGUGGUCUUCUUUUUUCCCACAGCUACCCCCCUGCCUUAAAAUGUCAUCCACUGAAUUGAGGACUCUGUAGUAACUCAGCGGGCUGGUGAAGCCAAAACGUUCACAUACUCAGCCCAGCACUCGGUGGCAAAGCAUGGCCAUUCUGCUACAUUUCUCAGCAGCCUUUGCUAUGCCACAAUUCCAUCUGUAACAUGGGAUGAGCCUAAGACAUUACUUUUGCCUGUUUCUCAUUGGAAGUGAGACUCAGACUGGGGCGUUGUUGGGGUUUUAUGGCCUUUAUUCUGACUCUUGGAUUUGCUGUUUCUUGUAUCGCAUUCAGUCUACGAGUACCAUGUUGGUCUCUGCCACAUCUCUGCCUGCAACUGGCUUGUGUGCAGACUGGUGCCACUGUGGAGUGGCAAAUCCAGACCAUUUCUCAUCGGUAGCUCUUCUGCUUCUUUUUCUUAAUGUUGGGAGUUUUGUUGUUUGGGUUUUUUAAUCUCUCAAAUAAAAACAUUAGCAAAAAUUUAAACAA